GGAGGGAGGGUGGGCGGGGCUGGGGCGGCGGCGCGCGCGCUUUUCGGCCGUUGGCGGCGGCCGUUGGGGCCUCGCGGGGCGCCGGAGCCCGCCCCCGCCCCGCUGGUCCCGCCGCUAUGAGCGGGGCCGGGGCGGACCGGCUCCCACCCGCUAAACUCCGCCGCCUGGACUCGCCCACCGGGACGGAACCGGUCGUCGUCGCCCCCCACCGGGAAACGUCAAUCCCCGUUGGAGGUCGCGGUGAGAAGCGCUACGCGCAUGCGCGAAGCCCGGCGGCCGGGCAUGCGCAGUGCGCCGGCGCGCCUGCGCCCCCUGGCGGAGGCCUGGAAACCGCCGCUUCUCUCAGCGGGGGCCUGAAGACCGCCACGGGGCACGAGGGGAGCCUGGAGACCGCCGUCACCGACUGCUUGGAGACGGGAAAGGGGGGCCUGGAGACCGCCAGGGAGGUCACGGGGAGCCUGGAGACCAUCAUGGGACCAAAGGGGAGCCUGGAGACUGUCAUCACUCGCUGCUUGGAGCAGGGGAGAAGCAGGAAGGGGGGCUUGGAGACCACCAGGGAGGUCAUGGGAAGCCCAGAAACCACCAGCAGGCACAAGGGGAGCCUGGAGACUGCUGUCACCCGCUGCUUGGAUCAGGGGAGAAAACGGAAGGGGGGCCUGGAGACCACCAGCAAGGUCACGGGGAGUCCGGAGACUGAUGCUGCCCUCAGCAGGGGCCUGAAGACUGCCAGCAGGCGCAAGGGGGGCCUGAAGACCACCGUCGGGCCCAAGGGGAGUGUGGAAACUGCCGUUACCCACUGCUUGGAUCCGGGGAGAAGCGGGAAGGGGGGUCUGGAGACCACCAGCAGACGCAAGGGGAGCCUGGAAACAGCCAUCACCCGUUGCUUGGAGCAGGGGAGAAAAGGCAAAGGGGGCCUAGAGACCGCCGCUGAGCCUGAAGGGAACCUAGAGACCACCGCUGAGCCUGAGGAGGGCCUGGAAACCACCACCACCGCCUGUUCAGAGCAAAACCGAAGCGGGAAAAGUGCCCCAGAGCCCAAGGAGGGUCCAGCCCCCGGCGUGCAGCAGAAGGCCCACAGCCCGGAGGAGUGUGCGGUGAUUUCUCUGGGCGAGGAUGAAGAGGAAGAGGAGGAAGAGGAAGAAGAGGAAGGCCCUGGGCGAUACCUGGCGGCCCUGGAGACCGUACAGCUGGAGCUGGAGGCCGUGGAGGAACAGGCGGCUCGCGCCUUCCGCCGCCUCCACACCAAAUUCUGGCUCCGCCGGCGGCCGCACCUCCAACGCCGCAACCGCCUCAUCCAGCACAUCCCCGGCUUUUGGGUCACCGCUUUCCUGAACCACCCCCAGCUCUCGGCGAUGAUCAGCGACCGCGACGAGGACGCCCUGAGCUACAUGACGAGCUUACAGGUGGAAGAAUUCGGCCAAGCCCGACCCGGGUGUAGGAUCAGGUUUUUCUUCAGCGUCAACCCCUACUUCCAGAACGACGUCGUGGCCAAGGAAUUCGUACGCGGCCCCUCCGGCCACUUGGUCUCCCAUUCAACCCCCAUCCGGUGGUGGCAGGGGCAGGACCCCCGUUCUUGCCCCCACAAAGGUCCCCCGGCCCCCCGCAGCUUCUUCGCUUGGUUCGGGGACCACAGUUUCCCUGCGGGGGAUCGUAUCGCCGAGAUCAUCAAGGAGGAACUAUGGCCAAACCCGCUGCAGUUCUACCUGCUGGGCGAAGGCGCCGAGGGGACCCCUGAAAGCGAGAGCGGGGAGGACUGCGUGGUGAUCGUGGACGACGAUGAGGACGUCCAGGAGAUCCCUGAUGAUGGGGAUGGCAGUGGCGUGGAAGAGGUCCCGACCGAGGACCCCCGCAGCCCCCCAGAUGGACAAACGGACCCCAAAAUGAGCAGAGAUUAAUUGGGGGGGGGGGGCUGGGGGUCCUUCCCCCCCCCCAAAAGGCAUUUGCGGGUAAUGAGGGGCUGGGGGGGCCCCCAACACAGCUCAGGGUGUUUGUUGGCCUUGAACCACCCCACAUGGGGUCCCCAAUCUCCCCAAACCCCCCCCAGGGGUUCCCCAAAAAUCUCCUCCCCCCCAAAGAAAUAUGACCAACUUAGAACCGUUUUUGUACAUUUUAGGGCAAAGAACUUGUAAAAUUAUCUUUUUAUAUCUAAAAAAUAUAUAUUAUAAUAAAGGUAAAGAUUUAACGG